UCGGGGCCCCCUGUACUGGGAAGGCAGCGCUCUCCUGUCCACAGGUCUCCCUGGGUUCCAGAAAGAGUCCUUCUCUGCUUCUGGCUUCGCUUACUUGUCCCUAUUUGUCCCUGCUCCCACUGUCCCCCGCAAGUCUUACUUGUUUCUGGUCCCAGCCUCUUCCUCAGGGCAGCAGAGAAGAGAAGAUGGGUCUGGGAGGGAGCUGUGAGACACAGAGGCAGGACCAGGCUGCAUCUCAGCUGGCCACAGAGCUCCUCAGGCCAGGACAAGGGGUGUUGGGACAAGCUCUGGGCCCCCCUCCCCACCGUUGCUCCUGCUCUCCCAGGAGGCCCAGGGCGGGCUGUGGCCCAGGCCCUUGCCAUGGAGUCCAUGUUUGAGGAUGACAUCAGCAUCCUGACCCAGGAGGCCCUGGGGCCCAGUGAGGUGUGGCUGGAUGCCCCUGGAGACCCCUCGCUGGGGGAGGACAUGUGCUCUGCCUCCCACUUUGCCCUGAUCACAGCCUACGGAGACAUCAAGGAGAGGCUGGGGGGCCUGGAGAGGGAGAAUGCCACCCUCCGCCGCCGCCUCAAAGUCUACGAGAUCAAGUACCCACUGAUCAGUGACUUUGGGGAGGAGCACGGUUUCUCUCUGUAUGAAAUCAAGGAUGGUUCCCUGCUGGAGGUGGAGAAAAUCAGCCUGCAGCAACGGCUCAACCAGUUCCAGCAUGAGUUGCAGAAAAACAAGGAGCAGGAAGAACAGCUUGGGGAGAUGAUCCAGGCUUACGAGAAGCUCUGCGUAGAGAAGAGUGACCUGGAGACGGAGCUGGGGGAGAUGCGGGCCCUGGUGGAGACUCACCUGCGGCAGAUCUGUGGUUUGGAGCAGCAGCUGCGGCAGCAGCAAGGCCUCCGGGAUGUAGACUUCCCCAGCCUGAGCCCCCCACCCGCCCCUGCCCCGCCCUGUGCUGAUCUGGACCUUCACUACUUGGCACUGAGAGGGGGAUCCAGCUUGAGUCACGCAGGCUGGCCAGGCGCCACGCCGAGUAUGAGUGAGCUGGAGCGGCGGCGGCUGGAAGAGGCUCUGGAGGCUGCCCAGGGAGAGGCCCGAGGGGCUCAGCUUCGGGAGGAGCAGCUCCAGGCCGAGUGUGAGCGGUUGCAGGGGGAGCUGAAGCAGCUGCAGGAGACCCGGGCCCAGGAUCUAGCCUCCAACCAGUCGGAGCGGGACAUGGCGUGGGUGAAAAGAGUUGGGGAUGAUCAGGUGAAUUUGGCACUGGCUUACACGGAGCUGACCGAGGAGCUGGGCCGGCUUCGGGAGCUGAGUUCGCUGCAGGGGAGGAUCCUGAGGACGCUGCUGCAGGAGCCGGCCCGGAGCGGCGGCCAGAGGCACUCGCCGCUGUCGCAGCGCCACUCCCCGGCCCCCCAGUGCCCCUCGCACUCCCCGCCGGCCCGCGCGGCGCCCCCGUGUCCCCCUUGCCAGUCCCCUGUCCCCCAGCGCCGCUCCCCUGGGCCCCCCUGCCCCUCGCCCCAGCAGCGCCGCUCUCCGGCCUCGCCCUCCUGUCCGUCGCCCGUCCCGCAGCGCCGCUCGCCGGUGCCGCCGCCGUGCCAGUCGCCCAGCCCGCAGCGCCGCUCCCCAGGGCCCCCCACCUGCCCAGCCCCGCAGCCCCGGCCUCCGCCGCCCCCGCCGCCCGGGGAGAGGACGCUGGCCGAGCGAGCCUACGCCAAGCCGCCCAGCCACCACGUGAAGGCCGGCUUCCAGGGCCGGCGCAGCUACUCCGAGAUGGCGGAGGGCGCGGGCUACGCGGGCGCCUCCCCGCCCUGGCUGCAAGCCGAGGCGGCCACGCUGCCCAAGCCGCGGGCCUACGGCGGCGAGCUCUACGGUCCCGGCCGGCCCCUCAGUCCGCGGCGCGCCUUCGAGGGCAUCCGCCUGCGCUUCGGGAAGCAGCCGUCGGAGGAGGAGGAGUGGGCCGUGCCCGCCAGUCCGCCCAGCCCGGAGACCGGCGCCAUCCGCUGCGCCUCGUUCUGCGCGGGCUUCCCGGUCCCCGAGUCGCCCGCCGCCACCGCCUACGCCCACGCCGAGCACGCGCAGUCCUGGCCGUCCAUUAACCUGCUGAUGGAGACAGUGGGCUCUGAUAUCCGCAGCUGCCCCCUCUGCCAGCUGGGUUUCCCAGUCGGGUACCCAGAUGAUGCCCUCAUCAAACACAUUGACUCCCAUCUGGAGAACAGCAAGAUCUAGGGUGCCUCCCCCCACCCACUGGCAGUUUCUCCUCCUCCUCCCAUCACCCCCACUCACUCACUCACUUUGAAUGCUGCAUGAAUCUCGUGGGGGGCCCCUGCCCCUUGCGACCCCCAGAUACCUCCACUAGCUACUGAGUCAACGUGUGUGCCGUCUUCCCUGGUCCAGGCACCACUCAGCCCUGACUCUUCCCGGGAGGUCAACCGAGGCUCUCCCCAGCUCCCUGGCUUCUGCUGGGGAGGUGGGAAGGGCUGGGAUGGGGAGGGGCGUAUCCUACCCAGCCUCUCCUUCUGCCUUUCUCUUCUCAAACAGUUGGAUCCAAGAAGGUAUCUAGUGCUUGGGCCUGGGAGAGGGGAGGGUAUCAGAAGACUCCAGAAGCUCCCCCAGCCCCUACCCAGAUGGCCACAUUUCUCAGGCUGUGCUCUGUCCAGGGAGUGCCUCCCUGUGGGGUCCCAGAGCCUGCCCUGCACACUGAUGCUGGUUCCUCUGUCCCCUGGCCAGGUUGGAGCUCGUGGCAUGGGCCCCCCACUGGGGGAAGGAGGCAUCUUGUUUCUUGCCAUUCCCUGCAGGCCAGCCUUGUUUCCCCCCUCAGCCCACCCUGGGGAAUAGGGAGGGUGGGAGAGGAGAGGGAGGACCCUAAAGGACUGGGAGCAUCUGGCCCCAAGAGUCUGCCCUGAGGCACCAUGGCCUUCAGGCCGGUGAACCAUCUGUGUCUCCCUCCCAGGCCCAUGCCCUCCUUCUGGAGCCCCCAGUGUCAAGGCACAGGUUGUUAAGGCAGAUGCGUCCCCCCAACCUGACCCCACUCAAGCCCUGACACCACAGGUGCCCUGGAGCCCAGGUGUGACUCAGCCUCCAAUAGCUGGGUGGAUGUCAUCAGGCCAGCCUCCCAGGCCAGAACCUGAGGAUGGGCCCAGGGUGCUGUGGAGAUCAACUUAAAAAGAGCUAACCCCCUUCCCACACCCCAGCGACCCACAUUCCCUCCGUGAAAUCUACCUCAGAGUCGUACCCUCAGAAGGACGGGUAAGCAGGAGGCCAGGGGGUCCCCGGGGCUGAGAUGGGGAGCUUCCCAGGCAAGAGCCUGCUGCCCCACGAUAAGUCCACUCUCCUCCACUGCGAGCCUCUCCCAGGCCUCAGCCCGGGCGGGGGCAGUGGGUGCUGCUCUCAGUGCACGUACCAUUCUGACCCAACUCUUCCAGGCCCCCCACCUCCUCAUCCGCCCCCCUUCUCAGUGCAGGGGAGGGAGGGGGUGUGUCGGGGCGGGGCAAGUGGCGAGGACUACAGGGACACAUGGCAUUGUACCUUGAGUGUCCCCCUAGGGAGGCGAAACAGGGAAGGGGGACUGGAAAGGGGAGGCGGGGCCCCUGAGCUCUCUGAACAAGUUGAAAGUCCAAAUAAAACUUACC